AUGUCGCCAACACUGCGCGCCUUUUUACUCGCCGCCGCUACGACCGGCGCGGCGGCGUUCGCGCCGUACACCGGCCCGACCCUCGAGACCAUCGACCAGGAGUUCUGCGGUGAUAUCGGGCCCUGCCAAAGGAUCGUCGGGUCCAAGAAGCCCGGUCCGGCGCCGGCCGUCGUCCUCCUGCCGUACUCGGAGACCCAGUUCGACGUGACGCUCGGGAUCCUCAAGCCGACGAUGGACAAGAUCGCCGAGCAGGGCUACAGCGUGGCGCUGAUCGGUCCCGACUACUACGAUUAUCCGGACAGAGCGGGCUUGCCGUUCAUCCCGCCGGCAGUUCCCGUGCCCAACUUUCCGGCAGCAGCCGCCGCUGUUCUUGGGAACUGGACCGAGGUGGCCGUCGCCGCCUACGACGCAAUCAAAGAUGGGUUUUGUCAGAUCGACGGCGUCGACUGCUCGAAGAUCGCGGUGGCCGGGUUUUCCGGGGGAGCGGGAAUAGCGACGAUGUUGAGCACCCUGCCGGUUCUAAGCUUGGGCACGAUCCCCGCGCUCCCGAUCACGGCGCAGCUCACCCUCGCCUGGGCGCCCCUCUUCGGCGCGGGCGCGCUGGGGGUCGAUCUCCCGCAAUACUACCAUCCCGUCUUCGUGAAUGGCGCGCCGCUCGGUCCGUCGGCUCCGCCCCCGCUUGGCAUGUUCAUGGACGUCAUUCUGCCCCCGGAGAAGCGCUUCUCGGUCAUCUCGGAGCAGGACGAGCGGUUCGGGAAUCCAUCCACGGACGAGGCCGCGUCGUUGCCGGUCUUUCAGCUGCAGCAGCUCUACUCGGACUUUUGCGAGGGCGAGGGCAAAAAGGUCGACUGCAUCCAGAGCUCCGGCGCCGGCUACUACGUCGUGCCGGCCGGGGACAUCGCGUUGGUGCCCGGGCAGACUUACCACGUCUCGAUCACCACUAACCCGCUCCAGGGCUUCUUCGCGCCGGGCGGCCAGGUGUGGCAGGCCGAAGCCGCGUUCGAGUGGCUCCUGGGCGCCGCGUUCGGCCCCUGA